ACACCCUUAUUAGCUCUUUUAAAUUUGAUUUUUCAUCGUCGCAUGACAUAAACUUUUAGGUCCCCGAAUUUUUUCGGGAUUUUUCCGACCACAAACGCGACUUUUCCCCUACCAUCCCUCCACACCGCCGACCGCCAUGUCGACCCGGAAAGUGCGAUACAAGAAGCUUAACACAAAGACGCCUCUGCCCGUACUCCGCGAAGAUCAAAUCGACCCCAACGAAUAUGAAUCCCUCACAAAUGAAUCUCAAAUCGCUACUGGCGUCGAGCAGGCUGAGGAAAAUGAAUACCAUCUGCAAGCUGCCCUCAAAGGUGUCGGCGCCAGCACGGACAAUGAAAUUCCGGUGCCGCCGCCUCAGAAGAGCGAGGCUAGUUAUGAUGAGCUGUAUCCCACCCCAUAUGUAGAGCCUAAAAGCUAUAUCAAAUUCUCUGAAACCGUUGAAGAGACCCUUGGUAGUCUCUAUGACAUGACAACAGAGGAUGAGGAGUAUCUCAAGACCUACAAUGCCAAGUGGACGGGAAAUACCCAACUUUCCGAGGACGACUUCGAGCGCAUCAUGGAAGUGUUCGAGGAUACGGCGUCGGAGCAGGCUCCAUUUGCUGCGGUCGACAACACGGUAGUACCGUUUGACACUAUGCUCCGCGCAAUGAACCACUUAGUCCCCGCUAAGCUGAUUCAAGCCCACGCCAAAAAUGUCUAUGAGUAUUGGAAGACUCAACGACAGGCAAGCGGUAACAAGGCCUUGCACCCUGCAGUCAAGUUCGAGACUCACCAAGAGCAUGACGAUAUGGACCCUUAUGUCUGCUUCCGACGGCGUGAAGUCCGACAGACAAGAAAGACAAGGGCACGUGAUGCGCAGGUGAGCGACAAACUAAAGAAGUUGCGUAAGGAACUAGAAGAAGGACGUCAACUCGUUCUCCUCUCUGGUCAACGAGAAGUGUUCAAGAGAGAGCUACUGAGCAACGAUAGAAUGAUCUUCGGUCUGCGAACUAGCCUCAAGGAAACUAAAGUUCGUCUCGGCAUCAAGGGUGAGGACGAAGAUCUAUUCACUCAAAGGCCGCAGAAACGGCCGAGAACAGAAGCUCAGCAACCUUCUCGGCCUGCUCCUCAUGGUCAACUUCGGCUUAUCGUCCGCCCCGACGGAGGAAGAUCUGUGGAACCAGCUGAUCUCGUCGUCCUGGCUGACAAACUCGCCGAGAAGGAGAACGAGUUACGCAAUGAUGUUGAGAUGAAGAUUCAGAACCAUCGGAGAUGGAAUCACAGCUACGUGGACCUCACUGCUGACCCGUUGCCUCCUGUCCAAGAAGAAAAGGAGACAAGCUUCAGACCUGCAAAGACCACAUACCUAAUGACACCGCCGGCAUCCGCGUCGGAUUCCAUGGAUGUAGACGAGGCACCUCCAGCAGAGGCGAAUGGUUCUCUCCUUCAUUCUGGGUUCAAGGGUGUCAACUGGCAUCCAGAGGACCACGAAGAAAUGUCUUCGUAUCGUCGUCGUAUUGGCCGACUUGGCCGCUUGUUCGUCGAUCGUCGGCCACCGAAACUAAAUGGGUUCAAAAGCCCUCCACGCGAGGUGGACUAUUCCCAGAGCGAUCGGUGGAAGUAUGAUCAGGACGAUGACGACGACGAGCAACCGGUGUAUCAAAUUGACCCUAACAGCUCUCGUCAAAUGAGAUUCAGGUCAACGAUACCACCGUCGCCCUUCUUGUUUAGGAGACAAGGAGUGGAUGCGGCGGCCCUUCAGGGAAGCGCAAAUAGGCAGGCUCUCCCACAACCGCAAGCACCUUCGGCUCAACCUUCGGCACCACCACAUAAUUCGGCUCAAUGAACCGCGAGUGGGUGCCGUAAGGCCUCGACGGACCUCGAAAGUCGACUUGGACGCCAAUCGGAUGCGUAAUGCUCGGAAAAUGACGAUUUCUUGGCUUUAUCCAUGCGCAUUGUUGCCUGUAAGCCUGUAGAGCUUAUGCUUUAUCUCGUCCUAUCAAUCAGCCUUCGACGACCUACCCACAGGUGCUCUGCUGUCCUGCCCACGAGAUAGACUGAUAUGUCCACCGAGAUAUCAAUCCCGCUCAGUUAGUUUACCCUUGUUCGCACCAACACUUGUACAUACCUACCGCGAACAUAUGGGCACAGCUCUGAAAAUGGCAAAUC